AGCCCCCGCCCUGAGUGCCAGCCACUCAGCCCUGGAGUCUGGAGAGAGCAAGAGGAAGAGACGGGAGCUGGCAGCCUCCUGUGGGUGCUUAGGAGGCCAGGGACAGCCCAGCUGAAGGCUCCUGAUCCUGGAGCCGGGAGAUCCCACAGGGCACUAGCAGGCCCUGGCCACCCAGAAUCCAGACUGCCUGUCCUGGGAUGGUCAGCUGGCCAGUAUAGCUCCAGCCCCACAGGGAGCUCUCCAGGUGGGUGGACCACCUGAUCCCCACACCUGACCAUGGGCCCAUCUCAGGACAGUGAAUGGGGCCUGGGUCCCUCUGGUGGUCCAGUAAGGGAGGCCAGGACACUGCUGAGUGUGGCCUCAGGGCUUGAGUCUCGGGAAGCAGCCCUGUCUCUCUGCCCUGGUCUGCGUUCAGAGCCUACGUGGCAUAGAGGUCCCAGGCCCUGGUUAGGGCCUGGCAGGUGGGGACCUAAAGAGGAGGAAACCUGCCUCGGGUCCCAUGAUGGACAGAGCAGGUGGCAGAGCUGGACCCAGUGUCCUCCCAUCUGCACCUCGGGGCUUCAAGCAGGAUAUCAGCUGUGGUCAGUCCCAUCCCUGACAGCUCAGAUGCUCUCCCCAGGAGGAGGUCACGGAGGGCGGCCACACUGGGAGGUCAGGGCUUGCCUCAGAAGCCACAGAGCCCCAGGAUUCUGCAUCCGGGUGCCCGGCUGCUUCCCCAGGCCCAGGAUUCUGAGCACCAGGAAGACCCAGUGCCAGAGGGCAGCACCGGGUAUGAGUCGGGCAGGCCUGCCCAGUCCUCAGUGCUGCUUUUGCUCACCACCCUCCCCGGUCUCAGCCCAGCUCCUCCUGGGCCUUGUGCCUCCCCCGUGCCUCAAGGAGGCCAGAAGUAGGUCAGGUCUUGCUGAUCAUGCUGCCUUGCUUGCUGUGGCAGACGUCACCAGUGCUGUGCCUCCUCCUCCCCAAGCACUGCCUGGCCAGGUCAGCCCCUCAUUCAGGAAAGUGAAUGGGCCCAUCCUGUGGUUCUAUGACGACAGGGGUGGCAGGGACCAGCUGGGGGCCAGGACAUCACUGUGUGGCCUUGGUGGCUGUGAAGCUCUUAGGAAACAACCUUGGGUCCUCUGUGCUGGAAUGAGGUUGACGUCCAUGAGGCAUGGAGGUCCUGGGGGGCUCAGGCCCAGGAGGAGGAGUGGGGCAGGCCACUGAGGCCAUCCAUUGCCCACCCACUCCCCGGUGAAGGCCAGUCUACAGGGUCCACCAGGGCCCUGUCUUCUCUGCCAGGACAAGUUUGGCCUUGGGUCCCAGGCAGGACUCUGCCACCUCAGACACGGGGCUCCUGGAGACUUCAGCUGGGCACGUGGGCAGCACGAGACCCUGGGUUAAAAGAAGCCGAUGACGGCUAUUUUGGUAGAAAUGUUCCUGCUGCUCUGAGUUCCCAUCGAGUGGUGCUGGCAAGUGUGGAGAAGAGGGGCCUCAGCAGCCCCCCGACCUUCCCCUGGCGUGCACCUGGGAGGCGGUGUCCUGAACUCGCCUUACCCCUCGCGAGAAAAGCAGAGAUUGAAGCUCUUUCUGGCACUGAGAUGAGGUGCCCCGGGGAGGUGCGGUGGUUGCAGGUGAACUCCCUGGUGUGUUGAGAUGGGAAGGCACCCGUGCAGGUGGAUGGCCUUGGGGUCUGGCUGAGGAGCAGAGGCUGGCGCCUGCACCCACAGCCCCACACAGCUCUCGGGUCCCCCCAGCCUUAGCCUGUGCAGCUGCCCUUCUGCAGCCCUUGCUGGGCUGGCUCAGCUGACCUAGGGACACCCGACCCCACACUGCUGGCCUGGGCUGGCCACUUCCCGGCUGGCUGUUCUCAUGGCUCACGGGGUGUCCCUCUAGGGCGAAGUGUGGCAGGGCUCAAUGGAGAAGGCUCUGGAAGGGAACCAACACAUCAGAGCUGCCUUCCUCUCUCUGUCUCUCUGGACCUGCCAGGGUUCUUCUUAACUUCCGUUUUGUUCUGUUCUGA